GGGCCCGGCAUGAGUGCGGCCGAGCGGGGACCGGGCGCGGGGGGCGGCGAUGGCGGCGGCCCCGGCCCCGGCCCCGGGCGAGGCCCCGCGGCGGAGCCGGGCGGCGGGCGGAAGGCGCGAGGGAGGCCGCGGCUGACGGAGUCGGACCGGGCGCGGCGACGGCUGGAGUCGCGAAAGAAGUACGACGUGCGGCGGGUGUAUCUGGGCGAGGCACACGGGCCCUGGACCGACCUGCGCCGCCGCAGCGGCUGGAGCGAUGCCAAGCUGGCCGCCUACCUGCUGGGGCUGGAGCGGGGGCAGCGUGCCGGGCGGCGCGGGGGCGCCCCCUGUUUGUCCCCAGGCCACCGCCCCUCUCUCCGCAGGAAGCCGUGGGAGCAGCUCCCUAAAAAGCCCAAAUGGAAGAAAAGGCGGCGGCGCAACGUGAACUGCCUGCGGCACGCGGUGAUCUGGUACGAGGACCACCGGCAGCGCUGCCCCUACGAGCCACGGCUGGCGGAGCUGGACCCCUCGGUGGGGCUCUACACCACGGCGGUCUGGCAGUGCGAGCGCGGGCACCGCUACUUCCAGGACCUGCACUCGCCGCUGCGGCCGCUCAGCGACUCUGACGGGGACAGCGAUGAUGCAGCAGCUCCUGGUAGCUCCUCCUCGGGUGGCUGCAGCUCAGGCUCGGAUACUGCACCCGGAGGGGGCCUGUCGACACCAGGGGAGGUGGCAAUGACCCCCCCUGUGGGUCCAGGUCCCCCCGAGAGCGCUGCAGAGGGGCGGGGGGCAUCACUGGAGGCUGUGGUCUGCGUCCCACUGCCGCUACCCCUGCGGCUGGGUGCAGGGCGGGAGGUGCUGGCUGAAGGGGGGUCCCCUGCCCUCCUGCAGGGCCCCCCCCUGCUUAUCCUGGCCAGCCCCAGCUAUGAUGUGCUGGGGGGGCUGCAGCUGGACGUGGGAGGGGAUGAGGUGCCCUGUGCUCUGCUGGAGGAGGAUGGUGCCUUCCCCCCACCCCUUUUGGACCCCCAUCUCCCUAAGACAGAGGAGGACGAGGUGCUGGGACUGAAGCAGGAGGAGGUGCCCCUCCAUUCUGCCGAGCCCCCCUCGCAGCCUGCCCCAGAGCCCCUGCAGGAGCUCGCCCCGCUCGCCGUGGCUGAGGACACUGACAGUGGUGACAUGUCUGCCAUCAUCUAUGAGAUCCCCAAAGAGCCCGAGAGGCGGCGGAGCCGGCGGGGCCGUGUGCCCCCCCCCGACCCUGAGGAGCCCCCGGAGCCCUUCACCUGCCCCUAUGUGGGCUGUGGGCAGGUCUAUGUUGCUCUCAGCAGCUUUCAGAACCACGUCAACCUGGUGCACCGCAAGGGCCGGACCCAGCAGUGCCCCCAGCCCGGCUGUGGGAAGAGAUUUUACUUGGCCAACCACCUGCGGCGGCACAUGGUCAUCCAUUCAGGUGUGCGGGAGUUCACCUGCGAGACCUGCGGGAAAUCCUUCAAACGCAAGAACCAUCUGGAGGUUCACAAACGGACACACACUGGGGAGACCCCCCUGCAGUGUGACAUCUGCGGGUACCGCUGCCGCCAACGUGCCUCCCUGACAUGGCACAUGAGGCGACAUGGGGGUCCCGGGCUGCGCCCCUUCCCCUGCGAGCGCUGUGGGAGGCGCUUUGAGCGCCCUGAAGGCCUCAAGUUCCAUGCCCUCAAGAGCCACCCCGAGCCCCGUGGCACAUAGGAGGGACUCCUGCCCCUGCAUCUCCCCAGUUUCCCUGGGCUGCCUCACAGCAGGUGGAGGGGAAGAAGGACACCUGGGGGUCCUGUCCCCAACACCGGGCACCCUGAACUCAGUGCACUUGGUGGACUCUGGCCCCUGCCCAGCCCUGGGAGACCACCCCCUCCCAGGACCAUCCCCCAUUACCCUGGUUCCCCCCUCCUCCCCUUUAUUUAUUUCCUGAGUCUCAAUUGUCACCCCCACCCCUUCCCCUGGGACAGGUGGGUCUGGAGGGGGUAGUGGGGACCCUGUUUGUGUCGGGGGCAUGUCGGGCCUCCACACCCGCCGGGGCUCCUCGACCCCCCAAGGCCCAUUAAAGCCAUGGGUUUUA